AAAACUUAUAAAGAAAAAGGAAAUCGCGAAAGAGAGGAAGAGAGGAAGAGACACAGUGCGCAUCAGACUCCACUGUCUAAGGAGAGAGAUCGCAUUCUCAAACAAAGUCACAUCAAGCUCUCUCUCUCUCUCUUGAAACCGUUAGCAGCUGAGUCAACUCGGUGUAUGGAUCCGGGCGGGAUGAUGAACGAGGCUGGGGCGUAUAACCUGGCGGAGAUCUGGCCGUAUCCUAUCAACGGCGGCGCGACUGUUAAUACCUCGAUGAGGAGCGGCGUCUCGUUCGGUGGACCUAACUUGGUCCAUCAGUUCUCCGACUCGAAUCUGAUUAGCAACACUAACUGCAACGAUCCGGCUCGUAUGAGCCACGCGCUCUCUCAGGCGGUGGUUGCCGGUAUCGCUGGUGCUAGGAAGCGGCGUGACGCGGCGGAGGAUAAUAAAGUCGUCUCCGGCAGCGACGGACAUGACGCGAAUGAUGGUGACAGUAAAAAGCAGAAGACAACGGGAUGCGAAGAUGAAGUUGAAACGGGAACAUUGGAUCAAAAGAAGCAGCUGUUGCCUGAACCUCCGAAAGAUUAUAUUCAUGUGCGAGCUAGAAGGGGACAGGCUACAGAUAGUCACAGUCUAGCUGAAAGAGCGAGGAGAGAAAAGAUCAGCGAGCGGAUGAAAAUCUUGCAAGAUCUUGUCCCUGGUUGUAACAAGGUUAUUGGAAAAGCGCUUGUUCUAGAUGAGAUAAUCAACUACAUACAAUCUCUGCAGCGUCAAGUUGAGUUUCUAUCGAUGAAACUCGAAGCAGUCAACUCAAGAAUGACUCCUGGAAUCGAGGUUUUCCCGCCAAAAGAGUUUGAUCAGCAAACGUUUGAGAAUCAGGGGAUGCAGUUCGGGGCACAAGCUACACGGGAAUACAGCAGAGGAGCGUCGCCGGAGUGGCUGCAUAUGCAGGUAGGAGGUGGUUUCGAAAGAUCAUAGUGAUAAGAAAGAAAGCUGGCUAAUAUUCACUAAAAUAAACUUCGAUCUCCAAUGUUUAGUUACGAAAAAAGAAGCAGCAGCAGCAUACGUAUAAACAUUUAUAAAAAUAUAUAUACAAGGUUUAUUGUUAUAGAUUCCUAGCUUAGACAUGAAGUAAAGCGGAGGGUAGAUUGUGGGAUACUUUCCUCUGUUGCUGUUUUAGAACAUGUUAAUAACUGUUUAAGCUUUCACUUGCUUUUUUUCUGUUUUAUGCUGUGUUGUAAUCUAUCCAAGGAAAGGUUUGGUUCUCAAAGAGCACUCUCUC